AUGCUGGCCGGAAUGGACGGGAAGGAGUACGGGGCGCUGCAGGCCGCCGCCGCCGCGGCCGGCUACGCUAUGGACGCUGACCCCAGCGGCGGCGCCAUGGGCAGUCCAGGCAUGGGCGGCGCGGGCACCCAGCAGUACGGGGAGGUGAACCAGCUCGGUGGCGUGUUCGUGAACGGACGGCCGCUCCCGAACGCCGUCAGGCUGAGGAUAGUGGAGCUCGCCCAACUGGGCAUCAGGCCUUGCGACAUCAGCCGCCAGCUGCGCGUCUCGCACGGCUGCGUGUCCAAGAUCCUCGCCAGGUACCACGAGACCGGGUCGAUCCUGCCCGGGGCGAUUGGCGGCUCCAAGCCCAGGGUCACCACCCCCAAGGUCGUGUCCUACAUCAAGCAGCUGAAGGCCAAGGACCCUGGGAUCUUCGCGUGGGAGAUCCGCGACAGGCUGCUAGCGGACGGCGUGUGCGACAAGUACAACGUGCCCUCCGUGUCCAGCAUCAGCCGGAUCCUGCGCAACAAGCUGGGCGGCGGCGCCCUGUACCCGGUGCCGCCGCUGUACCCCGUCCCGCCCCAGCGCUGCUGGCCUCUGCACCAGCCCUACGACUACUACGUGUACUUACAGGGGCGACAACACGCCGCCGGGCCGCCGCACUCCCUCCCCCACCACCCCCACCAGCCGGCGCCCACGCACGCCCACGCCCACGCCCACGCGCACGCCCUC